CACUUCACUUGUCAUUGUCAGAGAGACCAGCUACACGAAACUAAAAUGGGACCCUACACCAUCACCUAUUUUGCUGUCCGAGGGCGCUGUGGUGCUUUGAGGAUCAUGUUGGCUGACCAGGGUCAGGAAUGGAAGGAGGUUGUGGUGGACUUCCCAGAAUGGAUGAAGGGAACCUUGAAAUCUACUUGUGUGUUUGGUCAGUUGCCCAAAUUCCAAGAUGGUGAUUUGGUCCUGUUUCAGUCAAAUGCCAUUCUAAGGCACUUGGGGCGCAAACAUGAUGCCUAUGGGAAAGAUGGUGACGAGGCUGCCCUUGUUGAUAUGAUGUGUGAUGGUGUUGAGGACUUUCGUCUUAAAUAUGUUAAAAUGAUUUACCAAGAAUAUGAUACUGGUAAAGACACAUACAUCAAAGAUCUUCCUAACCACCUUGACAAGUUUGAAGCUGUUUUGGCCAAAAACAAGACUGGUUUUCUGGUUGGCAACAAGUCUUCAUUUGCUGACUACAAUCUGUUUGACCUGCUGCUCAACCACCUGGUGCUGAGCUCCACUUGCUUGGAUUCCUUCCCUUCCCUGAAGAGUUUUGUCGAAAAGAUGUCUGCCCGUCCCAAAAUCAAGGCCUUCCUGGACUCCGAGGCCUACAAAAAACUGCCCAUUAACGGCAAUGGAAAACAGUAAAUUCUCCUAAGCGAGAGGCUAGAUUUUAUACUUUUAGAUCUACUGUAACCUGAAUGGUAGGGAUAAAAGCCAUUUUCAUGUGUCCAUUUGACUCAAAGAGCUCUUAAAAUGUGGUUAACCUUUUUACACACCGUUCGAUGUUAGGUACUGACUUUUGUAAGACAUGAUUUAUUGUAGUUACCAUGUGUUGAAUAAAUAAUGCACAGUUGAAAAAUGUCAACUGACUGUGUUUUUCUUUGUUGAAGAUGCACUUUUGAUCCCAAACAUUUGAGAAAUGUUCUUGUAGUUUUGUGAAUAUUAGGUGUGUUUGCCAUAGGCAAAGCACUACUAGAUUUAUUUCACAGUCUCAUUAUUUGAUAUAUUUAGCCAGAUCUACAUCCUAAAUAAUAAAAGCUAUCAACA